UGUGUCUUGUUGCUGCCUCACUGGGCGCUACGUGUCGUACUUUCAUUUCAACGUCUUGGUUUUCUUUCAUUUUUUUUUUUUUUCUUUUUUUAAACGUUAUGUGGCUGUCUAACGAUGAUGCGCUCACGACGACCCAUUCUCGCCCGCGUCUUCAGUAUACUGGACUCCACUGGGCUGCCAAGCAUGGAAACGACGACCUGGUCAAGAUGCUUGCUGGCACUCACAAAUCAGAUGUCAAUGCCAGAACGGGAUGCACUCCGUUGCACUUGGCCGCCAUGCAGGGCCAUGCUGAAGUCGUAGAUUUAUUAGUCAAAGCAUAUGGUGCCGAUUCCAACAUGAGAGACUACAGUGGCAAGAAACCUCAUCAGUAUCUCUCUCGACCGGACACUUGCAUCUCGAUCGACACCUUCCGCAAAAUCACAGCCAAACGAAAUCUGGCGGCAGAAAAAGAAGCGGCAGCAGGUUUCCUUCGUAUAGGCUCUCUCAACGUUCGCGUCAAGAAAACGACAGAAGCUUUCAAUAAUCUACUCAGCUCGGCAGGAGGCAGUGGAACGUUUUCCAACACAAAAACGUACAACAAACAAUGGGGAUCCAUCGACAAUCUUGCCAUUUCAGCGAUGGAAGGACAGUUGAUGCCUCCGCCCAACAAACAAGGUACAGUUAAAAAGAAGCGACCAAAGGAUUGGCCUCAGCCGUUCAUUAGUUCACCUACCAUGUUACAUCACUCCAAUUCAUUCAACGGACGGCCCAUCCAGUCGGCGUUGGUUGAAAACAAAGAAGAAUACGAAAACGAUUCAGAUUCUGCCUAUGGCUUUGGGAACAAUUGGCAGAGUUAACGAUCUUCAUUUUUGGAAAAAAAAAAAAAAAAAUUGCUUUGUUUUACCUAUAAUUUAUCAUCACAGCAAUCGGUGCCUUCCAUUUUCCGUUGAGACGUAGACCAGACAAGUGUUACGUUUGUUUGUUUGUUUUUAUCCUAUACGACUGACUGCAUUUCAAACUUUAGUUACCGGAUCAAACAAAUAUAGUUUCAAAGCUCGUAUCCGA